CGAGUUUCCCAGAGCGACUCGUCUAUGGCUUCCUGUGAAACCAGCUGCGGAGUUAUGUCGUUUUCUCAUAAAACUGCCAUGUCUUGUAUUGAUACCCGCGAAAUCCCUGGUACCCUUCACGGAGACGACGCUAUGGUGAUCGCAAAGAGAAGUAAAUUUCGCACCCGCCGCUCCAGUGCUUACAAGCAUGUGCCACACAGUGAAAAACCACCCCAGCUUGUGGCCAGACGUAACGCCAGAGAACGCAGACGCGUCCAGGCCGUGAAUAAUGCGUUCGCUUGCCUGCGCAGGCACGUGCCUUAUGAAAAUCGCCACAAACGUCUCUCAAAAGUAAAGACUUUGAGACAUGCUAUAGAUUACAUAAGAAAAAUGAAGAAACUGAUCAAUGAUCAUGACGCCCGACAAGAGACAAUCGCGGCAAUGAGUCGUCUGCAACAACCGGAUAACGGAAACGCCGGCUACGUUCAAGAGCAACAAUACAUUAACAUGGUGGAUUUGUCUUCUUGCAAGGAAAACCAUACAAAUUGGAAUGUGGUGAGCAGGGUUUCACAACCAGAACUAAGCUCAUGCUUGUACGCGACAUUCAGCCCUUUGCCGCCCAACUUUCGUUCACAAACCUAAUCCUCGACCGACUUCAGGUUUUGAGAGCAAGCGCAGAGUGUUCUCUUCACACGGAUCAGUCCAAUGUCGUCAGCUCAACGUUCACAAGCAAAACAGACUCUCGUUUUAUCAAUUUUAUAUCUACCAAUGGACAUGCUUACGCCUCUUACUGACCAAGAUGUUUUUCAUACCACAGCAUACUUCUACCAAAAAGAUUUUACUGAAGAAAUUGGAGCAGUCAGCGCAGAGACUAUGAUUUCCUAAAGCUUCGUCUCCAAGUCCUUAGUUUCGCCUCAGAUGGAUAUAUUUAACAAGACGCAUUCUACAUCUUUCAAGCGUUUUCCCUUCAAUUCAUAUAAUUGAUUCAUAUAAAAAAUUUUCUACUUAAUUAUCACGAGGACGGCCCCAGUAAAAGCAGAGCAAAACAGAUUUAGCAUAUCACUUCUAAAUUUAUUACAUUGGCAAAGAAAAGUUAUGGUGAAAGAUACGGACAAUACAAUGUUUUUUCUUUUAGGCAAGAAAGAUAUUUGUAUCAUUUAACAUUAAAAAGACAACAUGUCUGCUGCAGGCAGCAGAACAAUACAGCUUGUUAUCCAACGACACUAAAACUACGUUAAGAAAAGAAAAGAAAAUGAUAUCGCUCAGACAGAAUUUCCGUUAAAAGCAAACUAGA